CGGUUUUCCCUUCGGCAGAAGAAGAAGCACACACGGGGAGGAAUAGCGUAAAAAUAUUGUGGUGUUUGCGCGAAAAUCUACAAAUAAUUAGUGCAGAAAUAUGCAACUAUCGUGAAAAUAAAACCAGCAUAGUGGAGAUUAGAUGUCUCAUAUUACAAAGUGAAUUGUAUAUUAAAUAACAGAGAUUUUUUGUAGACUAUUUCAACAGAGUCUGCAACUCAAUUGUUGACAAAGACAGUUUGGAAAGCAGAAGGAAGCGGAAGGAACCCGAGUCGAUAGAUAACAAAUAUGGCGGAAGUGAAAUAUCCCGCAGGUUGCCGUCCGCUGACUGAGGAUUUAGGCACGGAUGAGCUGAUUCGUAGACUCAAGACACUAGCUCAUGCCUUACAGGCCAUGGGGCAAGAUGAGAAACACCUCCAUGACUACAUACAAUUAGCAUUGGUUCUGGUAGAUGAUUACUUCCUGCAACACCAGUCUCGCGAUGUUCAACUUCUUGUGGCAUGUUGCAUUGCUGAUAUUUUGCGGGUGUUUGCUCCUGAAGCACCCUACAAAGAUCAGGAUCAAAUCAAAACUAUAUUCAUGUUUUUCAUAAAGCAGCUUCACGGUCUCAAAGACCCAAAAGAUGCAUCCUUCAAAAGAUACUUUUACUUGUUAGAAAAUUUGGCCUUUGUAAAAUCGUUUAACAUGUGUUUUGAAAUUGAAGAUUGCCAGAAAAUAUUCUGCCAACUUUUUGCUAUGAUGUUCAAAAUCAUUAAUAAAUAUUACAUUUGCAGCGAGAAUCACAGCACCAAAGUAAAAAAUUUUAUGAUUGAUAUAAUGAGCCCACUAAUUACGGAGGCCGAUAACGUGACUACCCCAUUACUGGACUUAAUUUUGAUAAACAUUGUAGAGCCUCUGAAAUCUAAUAACGUUCAUUCAUAUCAGUUAGCAGAACAAUUAAUACAGAAGACAAGUUACGCAUUGGAACCAAUUAUUAAGAUUUUUUUCAACCAAGUGCUUAUUUUGGGUAAAAUUGAUAAAAAUAUUGCGAUAACGGCUAAAAUCUAUGAUCUCAUCUACGAGCUAAAUCAAAUUAGUCCGAAUCUGAUGUGUUCUGUUUUGCCUCAACUGGAAUGCAAAUUGAAAUCCACAAAUGAAAUAGAACGGAUGAAGGCUGUAUCUCUAUUAGCCCGAAUGUUUUCUGAAAAGGAUUCCCAACUUUCAAAAAAACAUACUUCGCUUUUACGUAUGUUAUUAGGACGUUUUUGCGAUAUUGCCUCUGCGAUACGUGUUAAAUGUGUACAAUCUUCAAUGCAUUUCUUGCUCAAUCACCCACACUUGCGCAACGACAUAAUCGAAUGUUUGCGCGCGCGACAACACGAUUCCGAUGAAACUGUCCGUUACGAAGUUGUAAUGGCCAUUGUUGCGACAGCGAAGCGAGAAUUCAACAUCGUUUGUGAAUCUCAAGAUUUAUUACAUAUUGUCCGCGAACGUACGCUGGAUAAGAAAUUCAAAAUUCGAAAAGAAGCUAUGAACGGGCUAGCAUUUAUUUAUAAGGGGGUGAAGUGCGAGCCCAAUGACCUUUCUUCGGAAGUGAAAGAAUCUGUUGGUUGGAUAAAAAAUAAAAUUCUUCACGGCUAUUAUAUGCCCGGAAUUGAAGAUCGUCUACUUGUUGAACGUUUACUUAUUACGUGCCUAGUGCCGUAUAAGUUGCCGCCCGACGAGAGAAUGAAAAUGUUGUAUCAUCUGCUUGGAACACUCGAUGAUAAUGCCAUGAAAGCAUUUAUGGAGAUACAGAAAAAUCAAAUGAAAACGCGAAAAACUGUUAGCGAUUGGGUAAAAAUGCAUCAUACCAAAGAACUUACACAAAAAAUGUUGAAUCAACAUAACGUUAAACAGGCUCUAAUUUGCAAAUUAUUGCCAGACCCUCUUAAAGCUAGUGAGUACAUUGCUAAAUUCAGUAUCAACAUGCGCAAAGAUGGUACCUUAUUGCGUUAUAUGGAGAUCAUUUUGAAGCGUGAUGUGUCUUGCAAGGAGUGCGCUGAUACUAUGUCCUUGCUUCUUAAGAAACUAGGAAAUCCCAUGACGGCUAAUUUGUAUUAUAAUACCGUAAAAAUGCUUAUAGAGCGGGUCGCUUCCGUCAUGGUGGACAAAGAGUCUAUCGGUAUACUGAUAAGCCUUAUUGACCAAUGUAUGCAGCGAGGCAAGAUUGUGGAAGAGGUGGGAAUACCAAGCGACGAAGCUGGUGAACGUGGUCUUAAAUUUCUGUGUAUGCUUUCUUAUAUAUUUUCUGCACAUUUUUUCACCGAUGAAACCUUACAACACAUGAUCGCCUUACUGAGUCACGAAGAGGACUAUGCUGCGCCACUGAUUCUUAAGGCCCUCGUACAUCUAGGACGGUAUCAUCCCUUAUGUGACAUCAAUCCUGCUAUUGUAGCAGCCCUUGCUUCUAUUUGCAAAGAUUUUGCAUUAACCGGAACAGUAAAGCAGGCCAAGCACGCAGUGCGUUGUAUAUUCGUCAAUGUACAAACUCAAACGAUCGGUGGCACUGACGCUGGCGCCGACACUAUAAGUCCUCCAACAAAAACGCCCAUCAUUCAUCCAAUUUUCAAUGAAAUUAUAGAAACACUACGGGUCACUCUCUCCCCACGAGAUCCAUAUCAGCAUACAAAAAUUUGUACGUUAGGCCACAUUGCGUACCACAUGCCUCAAGCCUUCCUCACACCAGUGAAAAAUAUGAUAGCUCGUCGCGUUGUAAAAGAGCUUCUUAUUCAAGGCGUUUCGGAGACCCGAGAUUGCAUACUGCCGGCUGGGGACUGGUGUGACAAAGAAGGACUGCCUGCGGAUACACUUUGUAAGCUAGAUGCACUUAAAACAAUGGCUCGCUGGCUAAUUGGCCUACGUUCAGAUGAACAUGCUGCACAGAAAACAUUUCGCAUGUUAGUCGCUUUCAUAAAUCAGCGAGGCGACUUACUGGAGCAGAAUCGACUGUGCCCAGCUGAGAAAUCGUGGUUACGUCUCAGCGCUGCUUGCGCCAUGUUAAAGAUUUGCGAACAAAAAGGUGUUGGGGAUCAGUACAACGCGGAGCAGUUUUUCAAUUUAUCGCAAGUUAUGUGUGAUCCUGUGCCUGAGGUGCGUGAUAUGUUCGCACGAAAACUACAUAAAGGUUUGGGCAAAGGACUACCGAACAAAUGCUUACCAUUGGACUUUAUGGGAUAUUACGCACUAGUUGGUCAUGAAACUGAUAAAAGAUUGACGGAAGUCAUCCGAAACUACGUUGAAAUCGAUGUUAAUAAAAGGCGGGAAUAUCUCAAAACUCUAGCGACAAUGUCGACUGAGACCAAAAAUGAUGCGCAAACUGCAUAUAUUUUACCUGAUUUCAUGUUAGCAUUUGCGAUACCUGUCCUUGCACAUGACCCAACCUUUACUGACUACGAAGAUCGCAACCAGCUGAAACAGGUGGAAAAAUGUUUGCGCUUCAUUCUUGAACCGCUUAUGGCGAAACGUGAAGCUUUCUCAUACAGCUUCUACACCAACCUUAUACAGAUGAUGAAAAAUCACCAGGACACCACACCGAACGCCGAAGAUCAUGCGUAUAACUUCAAAAUGUGGGCGGCAUGUGAUCUAGCUUUGUACAUAAUUAACUCGAAAAUCGGCGAUGGAAGCUCAUCUGCAAAUUCAUUUUCUGUUCAAAUUCAAUUACCAGAGAUGUAUUAUAAGCCUUUGGAUAAACCUGGAAACGAUUUAAAGGUAUAUAUACCUCUGGACACGUAUACGUUAGCAUCAAGUCCCAUAUCUGGAACGACGAAGAUAAACACUUCGGCAGCUGUUUCAACGGUGGUUAAAAAAUUUGGAACUCCGGCCGCUAGCAGCACGACGAUGCGUCUUGUUGGUGAAAAACGUGCGGCUGACCAUCUGCCAAGCAAUGAAAACUCGCCGACAAAUUCGCAGGAUAACACUGUCACCUACGAGGAGAGUAAAGUGGAAUCGAACGCAAGUAGUAUAGCUGAGCCAGCAGCCAAACGAACGCGCGGUCCCCUACGUGUGGGAAAAACAGUUUCAUAAAAUCUAAACAACGGCCGUGGUUAAAAAAAACCAGACGUCCACAAAUGCAUCCCUCCUGAACCGGCACAAUGCCUUGGAGCACUUAUACGUACUAUGCAGGGAAUCGUAACAACACAUACAUACAUACAUAGCCGUUGCAUCUGUACAUUUCUAAAAUGAGAAAGCCAACCUAUUAAUCCUUUACUAGUAGGUGAAUUUUUAUUUUUCAACAAUAGGCACCUUUUUGAA